UAAAAAGAAAACAAAUUUUUGGGCUAAAACUGAGCUGUUAUGAACGAAAUUUAAUGUGGCUUGCAAACUUCUACAUAAUCAAAAAGGCCUGCGUAACCACAGGAGCGCAACCCCAAGGAUAGCAACUGGAGCUGUAGCCUAAGCCUUUUUGCCUGGCUGCUACAAUAGACGCAAGUGUAUCAAUUAGAAUACGGGCCAGGGGCAGCUGCUGCGACAGUCUCUGUGUACAGUUGCCUGCCUGUCUGUCUGUCCGGCAUGUUGGCGGCAACCGCAAUGGCGUCUGCGACGACCACAAUUACCUCAGAUCCGGGCAUUUUGUGCUUUCAUCACUGCAACGUAAAAGUUUUCUGCUUCACACUGCCCCACACUUGUCCGCAUUGCAAUGCGCCGCUUGCUGCAGAUGUGAAUUCCAGUUCUCCAACCGACACCGCCCAGAACGAGACCAGCAGCCAGACCAGCACCAGGCUGCUGCCCUUUCGGUUGCCCUAUCCCUUUGUGCGUGCCACACAGCAUCCAUGUGCGAUUGUUUUGCGACCCUCCACUGGCGACUUUCUCAACGAUUACAGCAACGCGACAGAUUUGCAUAUCGCGGUGACCACAUCCGCCGGCGACAUUGUCGAAUUCGAUAGGCAUGGACUGCGACGGCAUCGACGCGAUGAUAAUCCGCGCGACUGGUGGCAGUCGCUGCUCGUGGGCGAUCUGCCUGAGCCCUGGCACGACUACUGGGACGAGCUGCUGCAGCAGAUAUGCGCGCAGUCCGAACGUUGGUCCAUUGCCCGCUACGAGGAGAGCAGCCACAAUUGUUACGCCUUUGUGCUGGCCUUUCUCCAGGCACUGGGGCAUGCCCAGCUGAGCGAGGCGGCGCGCAGCAAGACAAGCUUCUGCGAAAAGUACAUUGUGCCGCGCACCACCACCGCCGGCAAAUAUAUAUCGCUCUAUCGCCGCCUGCGACAUGCCACCACCGGCAGCAUUCAUGUGCAACGCCAGCAGCAGCCCAAGCCCAAGCCCAAGCAACGUGGCCGCUGCCUCACUGCCAAAGCCACCGCCUGCAAUGGCCAGACAAAGGCUGCGUCUAAUGGCUGUGCCAACAACAAUCUUGGGACACGUAGCCAGGCGCGUCAAACGCUCUGCACCAUCGAGGAGUGAAGUUCAUAAUUGAAAGUGUUGUGUCAAUUGAAAUCUCAUUAAAUUUAACAGCAACAAAUUGCAAGCGGCGGCAACUACGGAAAUAUCUGCGCUCUCUCUCAGGUAUUUCCAACUUUUGCUCACACAAGUAUUUAUCAAAAUUAUACACACUACGUACUUUGUUCCUAAAGUAUAGCCUAUUAGCUAAUAUACCAUAUUAUUAUUAUGCUGCACCUCUAUUACAUAUGCUUAUGUAAACAGUUUUAAGUCUUGCA